AUGUCUUCUUCAUAUGUUACCUCUUCAGGUCCCAAGAUCCGAUAUGCAUUAUUUGGCAUUACCACCAUCAUCUUCAUCCUCUCUUUACUCCUCAACCUCCUCUUGCCGGGAUUCGGUUACGACUCUAUUGGAUUCAUCAAUCUCUGGAACAGAAGAUCAAGGUUUGAUCAAGCUGGUGGGGAAGUAGCUGUGGGAGUAUUGAUCACCAUUUCUUGGUUAGCAUGCGUGAUUGUCCAACUCAUCUUCACAUCUUGGGAACUAUGCGACGACCCCGAUUCAGGUUUCUACACUGGUGGAGAAGGGUGUCAAGCUGGCGCCAUCGCCUUCUCAGUGUUGUUCUUCCUUAACUUGUUGAUCCAUUUCGGUUGGACUACAUGGAUCAUCGUCUUGGUCCACAGGAGAAGUAACAACAAGAAAGAGAGAGAUGAAGUAUAUAAGAUCUCUACUCAUGUCUUGGUCAAAGGGGGUUCGGCCCAGAUCGAGCAUGUUAAAAUCUCAGACGUGGACGAAGAGGGCUUGUAUAAUCUGAGAUCGUAA